GAACUUUUGUCAAUGCAAGAAAAGGUUGUUAAAUAUUUGCAUACUGUAUGACAGCGGUAUAUGUUUCAAGUGUAAUAAAAUAAAUUCGGAUCCUCUAUUCAAGCUGAAAUUUAGAUAUAAUGUUAUUUGUACCAUAUCGCACAUUAUAUAAAAACAAGAAAAACUGGCAUUUACAAUGAAAAUACUUUACUUUCAUAUGAUUCUGUGAAUGUUUUAAGGUUUGACUCAAUUGUGUCUAAUUUUCCAAAGGAUAGCAUUUAACUAAGUGUACUUCAUUAUCUGUUUACAUAUGUACAAUUAUGUAUUUCAAAAAAUUGAGACAUAGGUCAUGUAUAACAUACUUUUGUACUUUGAUAUAAGGAAAAAAGCAAGAAAAACUAAAUAACAUGGGUCAGACAAUAUAUCACCAGAUUACCGGAAACUUAGCUAGACAAGCCCUUAGUGGAUAGUGUAUGCAACAGAUUACUGGGCGUGUAGAACAAUGACUGAUUAGAGGACGGCACCUUGAUACAAAGAUGAAAGGAUGUGAUCUUCAUUUUCAUAGCGUGAAGCUAUCAGCAUAUAAAUACAUUCAGUACAUGUAUAUACCAUGUCUAUUUCUGUGAUAGGUUUGUAACGUACUCGCAUUUCAGUUAUUUGUCAACGCAGCUAAUUUUAACCAAGAUUCUACGGGGAAUGUAGAACUUACAUAAGACGCUGGACUUCUGCGUUUAUGACUACAUAUGAAGGUUAUAUACGUAACAAGACUUGUCUCAUAUUUAAGUAUAAUUUAAAGAAACUGAGACUAUUUGAAAUGGAUUAGAGACAGUCUUUUUGAAAGUAAACUUACGGAAGACUUAAUCAAUGUAUUUACCAAGUAUUCGUGAAUAGAACUGAUGGAUCGCUACCAUAAUAUAUACAUUGGGCUGACAACUUUAACAAUGGUUGUCUCUUUUUUAUAUUAUUUUGUAUCAAAAACUACAAACAUAAAUCAACAGCUCAAUUAUCCUCUUGAGAAUAUAGAAAAACAUCCUAUUGCAACACGAAAAACAUUUAAGUUAACUAACGAAAAGGAGUUCAAGCUGAAAGAAGACGCAGUAUAUCGGAAACAGGUGUUCAUGGCAAAUUAUCGACCAAUUAAAAACUCUGCUGGUAUAAACUGCACAAAAAUAAUAAUUUACAAUGAUAAACAUGAAAUAUCAAACGCACAGAAUAUCAUGACAAAAUCUGUAUCUGUGAAAUCAAAACUUACACCAGACUUUUACUUGAACAUUACAAAUAAAUGCGAUUUGUUUCGUGAUUCCAGGGGCUAUAUUGAACACCCUCUCUCUAAGACAGAAUUUGAAUUUCCAGUUGCAUUUUCAAUACUGGUCUACAAAGACAUUGAACAAGUUGAGCGACUCUUGCGUUCAAUAUAUAGACCUCACAAUUUCUAUUGCAUACAUAUAGAUUCGAAAGUGGAUAAAUCUGAGAGGAAGGCCGUCGAAAAAAUUGCAGAUUGUUUACACAAUGUGUUUAUUGCGGGCCAAUCAGUUGAUGUAAAAUGGGGAGAUUUUACACUUCUGGAGGCAGAACUCGCAUGCAUGAAAACGCUUUGGGCGUAUAAGCAAUGGAAAUAUUACAUUAACCUUGCUGGACAGGAAUUUCCAUUGAAAACCAACCGCGAGAUAGUUGCUAUCCUUAAAAGCCUUGAGGGGGCAAACGUUGUUGAUGGAUCAUUAUCAAGAGCGAGGAAAGUCUACCCUAAACGCUGGAGAAUGGCAAAAUGGCCACCACCACAUAAGAUACAGAUUGUGAAAGGAUCUAUGCAUAUUGCCGUUAAUAGGCAUUUUGUCGAUUUCUGCCUACAUGAUCCAAGGUCACAUAAAUUCUUAACGUGGUUAAGGCCAACAGAAAUUCCAGAUGAGACGUUCUUCCCUUCAUUGAAUCAUAACCCACAUUUAAGAAUCAAAGGAUCUUUCCUUGGAGAAGCAGAGCAGUAUCCUUUGAAGCCGUUUUUUCUUCGUCAUGUCAUCUGGCAGUUUCGCGGAGGUAGAAGCUGCUCUGGAAAAUUCGUUAGAGAGGUGUGCAUACUUGGAGUUGGAGAUCUUCACAGGGCGUACAACAGUAUUGAGUUAUUUGCUAACAAGUUUUAUCUUGAUUUUGAGCAUAUAGCUCUUGAUUGUUUAGAAGAACUGUUAUAUGAAAGAACAUGGAAAGAAUAUAUUGAAGACAUUCCUAUCGACACGUCUUAUUAUAAACACUUACACUACGCAAAAAUGCAGUUAAAACCAUGACAGAUAAGUACUCGCUGUUCGCAAAGAACACUGUUCGUUUCUUGUGCUAUACGUGUUCUGUAUAUUUAUCUUCUGAUGGGACAACCCGCAACGGUGGGCAUAGAAAGAUUUUUUUCUUUCUAUUCUAUAACCGUUUUUAUCAGAUAAAAAUAGUUAAAAAUAGUUAUUAAUGUAUUUUUAUGAAUACUAAACACAAACAAACACAACUUCUAAUACAAAAUGCUUCACAUAUGGUUCUGUGAGCUUAUUUACUGUGUUAUGAACAUGCUAUUCCCUAUCUGUUUAUUUCACUGUUUAUUUUUUAUUUUUGUUUUAUUUUGAAUAGCGAUGACUCAUUUUUUACAACUCGUUUAAAUGGGAAAACCGUAUUGUGAGUGAGUGAGUUGAGUUUUACGGCGAAUCGACACAAAAUAUAUCGCCGAGAAGAAAUUAUGUUGAAAACGUCAAUUGUAAAGCAUGCCUUAAAUCACUUAUGUAAAAAUGUAAAGCAUAUCUAAAAUCAUU